UGAAUGUAGUGGCAGUCGGGGGCUAGCACACUCGCUGUGGCUUGCUACUCUUUCAGGUCCAUGCAGUUUUGAUUUUGAAACACCAAUGGUCAUGCUGCCUUAUUCACAUAUUUGGGUGUGCGUUGAAGACAUCUGCUAGAGGAAAGUUCACAGAGGAAAAAAGGCAGACAAGAAGCUCUGUGGUUUUCAUUAGCAUCCAGUCUGAUUGCAUUGUGCACUAAGGACUUAUCACUAUGACCUCUGGAUUACAGUACAGUCUACUUUUGUUCCUUUAUUUUACAGGCUUUCAGGAGUCACAGGCAGUUCAGAACUGCCCCAACAAACAGCAGGUCCUGACUGUCAUCAAACAGAUGCAACAGUUCCUAAAGGGUCAAGAAACAAGAUUUGCAGAAGGAAUUCGUAUUAUGAAAGGCAGACUUAAUAAUUUGCAAAACACGGUUAAUAAAGGAGGUCCAGACCCACAGCCAGUCUCUUGUCCUCCACUGGAAGCUCCUGAGAAUGGCAGAAAAUUUGGUUCCAAAUAUCUUGCAGAUCAUGAGGUCCAUUACACAUGUGAUCCUGGAUACCAGCUCAUUGGGACAAGCAGCAGACUGUGUCAGCAGAAUGGAAGCUGGACGGACAAUGCCCCACAUUGCAAAGACAUCAGGCCUUGCAGUAGCCAACCCUGUCUAAAUGGAGGGACUUGUGUGGACGGAACCAAUCAGUACAAAUGUAACUGUCCAACAGAAUGGAGAGGAACCAACUGCCAGAUUAAAGCACCAGCAGUGCCAUCUGACUCGCCAGUACUCAAUGAUGCUGCAUUAAGCCGCAAAGCCAGCUGUACCAGAGUUGACCACACUCAGCACUGUAGCUGUGAUCCUGGCUUUCAGAUGAGUGGAACUCCUGAAAACAGCUUAUGUCAAGAUGUUAAUGAAUGUGAGGUUUACAAGGCAGAAGGAACUACUCGGCUUUGUGUACAUGUGUGUAUUAACACUCCUGGAUCAUAUCGAUGUGCCUGCCCUGCAGGCUAUAAGAUCCUUAGUGAUGGUAAAAAUUGUGAAGAUAUAGAUGAGUGUACUUUAGGACUACACAACUGCACAAAGCAUUCCAUGUGCAUAAACACUGCGGGUGGUUUUCAGUGUGUCUUGCCUGAGUGUCCAAAAUCCUAUGGGAAUAUCAGCUAUGUGAAGACAUCACCAAGUCAGUGUGAACGAAAUCCUUGUCCAAUGGACAGCCGUUCCUGUCAUCAUGCACCAAAAACAAUCUCUUUCCAUUACCUCUCCUUGCCCUCAAAUUUACCCACACCAGUCUCACUUUUUCGUAUGGCAACAGCUUCAGCACCGGGAAGACCUGGCCCAGACAGUCUGAGAUUUGGAAUAUUGGCAGGAAACAGCAGAGGGCACUUUGUCAUGCAAAGAUCAGAUCGACAGACAGGAGAACUAAUACUUGUGCAAAGUCUUCAAGGACCACAGACCAUAGAAGUGGAUGUGGACAUGUCUGAGUACUUAGACCGCAUGUUCCAAGCGAAGCAUGUUUCAAAGAUCACUGUCUUUGUUUCAGCUUAUAGAUUUUAAAAUAAGGUGAAGUAUGAACAUUAUGACGCAACAUGGUUUGUGAAAGAUGGUAAAUUACUGUUUACAGAAUGGACAUUUGGACUUAAAUGGCAAAAGGUAAAACUGUAGAUACAGUAUACUCCUAUUUACCUCACAAUCAAUACAAAUAUAGGUUUACCUCUUUUUAAGUAUGCAGUCCAAUAUGCAGUAUGGAUGCUACACCAUUGUACUAUUGUCAUGGUUCAAACCUAAUCCAUGACUGAAGGUUGUUUAUACUUCAAUGAUGAUUAGUUUCUAGUGAUAUUUAAGCAUUUUUUUAAAUCUGACACAGCCCCGUUAUUACAAGGGUGGCACAUUGAAAAACUUGGUUGCUUUCUUCCAAAAAUUGUGCCACCGCUUUUUUCAAGGUUGCAUAGUGUUACAGAUCAGCCCCAUUUUCAUUAAUGGAGCUGAUCUGCAGUAUAAUUCAUCAUAACUCAUUCACAGGUGUGGUGCCAUUUCUGGAAGAGAUCAGCCAUGUUUUUCUAACUCUCUACAAUCACCCUAAAGACGUGCCGAGAACAGGAGUAAACAAUCAGAUGUGUGGGACCAUUUGACUAUAGACUAAAACAGAUGUCCCAAGCCAACAUACCAAUAUUGUCUCUAAGAUAUUAGUCCCCAACCUUCUUUGCACCAAAGACCAGUUUUAUGCAAAACAAUUUUCACACGGAACGGGGGUGGUUGAGGGUGUGUGUGUGUUAAUCACGCGCAAAACACAAUAAUCAGAAUCAGUGGCAACAUUACCAAUAAGAACACUACAUAAAGGCCAAAUAAUACUGCUUCACCAGAAGAAUAUCCAUUUAGGUCCCAGUCAUUAAUAAACCUAUUUAGGCCCCCACUCACAGAUGAUGUCUUCUCUGACUGUAGUCGUUCUCUUUCCUUUUUGUUCUCAAUCCUGCACAGAUCACUCUGAUGAUGUCUCCUGAUCAUAACUUGUUUAUGCAUAUUAGACACACACAACACAACUAUUUAUUAAUAAUGCCUCCUUUUAUGCCCCUACUUAGUAAUCAUUCCCAUUUAGGUCCCAGUCCCACCCAGUAGUAAUUUCCAUUCAGGCCCCAGUAGAUAUAAUGCUCUCCCUGUACUGCCAUAUGUACACAUAAUGCACCCAAGUAGUGCAAACUGUACAUAUAAUGUCCCCCAGUUGAACUAUCUGUACAUAUAAUGCUCCAUGGCAGUGCCCCUUAUACAUACACUGACGAGCAAAAGGGUAACAAUGUUGGGGAGCCCAGUGACAAUGACAUUGGCAACCAUCUGUGGUUAGAGUAUUAUAUUUACAGAGGGCAUUAACAGUGAAGAGACCACUACUGGGUGGCACUAUAUGUAAAGAGGCCACUACUAGGGGGCAUUAUAUGUGAAGAGUGCACUAGUGGGAGCAUUACAUGUAAAAAAGAUACUACUGGGGGACAUUAUAUGUAAAUGUCAGUGCUGGGAGUAUUAUAUAUGAAUUAUGUGUACAGAUUCUGGAGUCAUUAUACACUGAAGAGCAAAAUGGUAACAAUAUUUGGAAUUUUUGACUUUCAGGCUCCAUAGCUCACCAUUCACUAAGGCUUCGAGACUACCAUAAUUUUAUAGACAAUUAUCUUGGCUGUCUCAUACUUAAAUUGGACUUGCCACUAUUUAGCAUAUGAUUAGUUAUGCAGAUUCUGCAUUGUUACUGUUUUGCUCCUGGUGGUGGAGCAAUCUUUUUCUUUUUGUAUACUAAAAAUUACAACCUGUUCUCACAACCUGUUACAACCUGUUCUCACAUUUGCUAAUAGCUCAGUGUGUUAUUAGGUUGAGUCCCAAGCGAAAGAUCAAUGGUUUGAAUCAAGGAGCAGCCAGCAAAAAGAUUUUCCUAGAAAAUAGAAACAGCAUCAUCCAGCGCAUCGAUAGCCAAGAAAACUGCCAAACUGCAUCAUGUGAAUGUCAGGACAGUUGGAAGAAUAUGAAAUGAAGUCCGUCCAUCCAUUCUAAAGCCAAGAGGUAAACGUCCAGGCAACAAGUCGGCUCAUCACAUGGUCUAUCAGUUCUGGCAUGAAAAAAAUGGCAGUGGAGGUGGCUCAUAUGCUUCGUAAUAGUGAGAUCACAGACGUCCAUGCAAGCACUGUGCGAAAUCCAUUACAAAAGUCUGGAAUGGUGAGCCUGAAUAAUCAUCAUAAGAAGCAUUGUCUCGAUUUUGCAAAGAAAUACGAACAGUGGACAGUAGAAGAUUGGAAAUGGGUGAUUUGGAACAAUGAGACGAAAGUCAAUAGACUGGGCUCCGAUGGGUGCAAAUGGGUCUGGAAGAAACAAGGCAAAAGGGGGCUAAUUGAUCAAGAAAUUGAAGGAACUGUCAAGUUCGGUGGAUGAAGCCUGAUGAUAUGGGUUUGCUUCAGAGCCAAAGGCAUUGGAUUCUUGAACAGGAUUGAUGGUGGUCUAUCCGAUCGAGAGCAUGCCCAGAAGAAUUCAGGCAGUGUUGAAAGUCAAAAGGUGGAUUUACAAAAUACUAACAAAAUAAUAAAAAAAAUGUAUUUAGAAUUUUAGGAG